UCAAGGAGUUCAGAGUCGUCUGUAUCCGAAGUUGAUCAUUGACACAGUCACUAGGCGCGAAGCCGGAAAAACCUCGAUAGCCCUCUCUAAACAAAAAUUCCACAAAUUAUUUUUUUUCUUUGAUCAUAGCUGCGGUGGUCUCCUCAUCGAGCAGCGUUGGAGAGCCGGUCAAUGGCGCAACCUUCUGCAGAAUUCCAUGUCUCUUCUUGAAUAUGGGGUUUUGUCCCCUCGUCUCAUCUUUUUGACUUUCUCACUGUUCAAACAGGAAGCGAUCAGUGAUGGAGCCGGAAAUGAUUGAGAUUCCGCCUCCGGUUCCUCGGACUCUGAGACGGCCUAAGAAGAAAGAGGUUAUAUUCCAUCAGGUAAUUGAUGUUGACAAAGAUGAAGAUGUUGAUAUAAUUUCCAUUGAAGAUAAUGUCGGUAGGAAAAAUAAAGGGAAAGUCAUCAAAAAUGGUACUGAGGCUUCUUCUAAUGAUCAAAUAAAGAAAAAUGCCAAUUUCUUUCCCUGUCCUGAUGUGGAAGCACUAGAAUUGGUCAAUGGGGUCAAUAAAAGUUCCAUCCAAGGCUUGGAUAAAGCAAUCAACCUAGAUGGUCUUAGUACUAAUUUAUCAGUUGAUAAAUUUUCUGACGAUGAUUGUACCGAUCUUUCAUUGGAUAAUUUUAUGGAUAUUGACAAGUAUGAAAGCUUGCAAGCGCAUUUUGAUCGUAUGGAUGUUCCUCCUGGAGUGGAGGCAUCUGUUCCUUGGUUCUCUGCUUAUGUAGAAAAUAAAAAAACAGCUAGUGGAACCAAUUUAUAUAAUUCUUUUAAAGGGAUAGAGCCAUCUCUCUCUUCUUCCUUGUUGAAGCCUCCCCAGCUCAAUAUGGAGACUCCAGUCAAUAAGUCUUUGCCAACCCCAAUGGAUUCUGUGGGCCACCCUUCUGGAGUGGAUUUCUUUUCACCUAUGUUGCAAUCCCAGAUCAACCAAAGAAAGGAAAAAUUAAGAGAUUCCAGGAGUAGCGGGAGCGCUCUUAACAUCCCUCUUGACAUUGAUUCAGAAUCUUCGCUUUCGCUCGCUUGGUCGUGUGGAAAGAAAUCAGGUUCUUCCAGUAAUUCAACCAUUUCUAGUUCCAGUAAUACUCUGAACGCAGUGAUGCAUCCUGCUGGAGUUGAGCCUUGUUUGGGAACACAUGCCUUUUCUAGUUCAAAGCAUCAUGGAGUUCCAAGUAGUUUAUAUUAUCCAUAUUUUGAUGCACAUCCUCCACAACCUUAUGCAUCAAUCCAUCCUCCUAUUCUAGAACCAUCGAUGACCUCAUGGCCAGUGGGUUUCAAUCCCCAUAUGAAUUCUUUCAGUAAUUAUACAACUAUUCCAAGACUCAAAGAUCCCUUUAAUACUGCAAACAUCUUUCUUCUUGAAGAAGGUGCCAACAUAAAUCAUGGUGUCAGUGAUGGAAAUGAUAUUCUAGGAAAAUUCGAGCAUUUUAAGCAGUUUGAUAGUGUUGAAGAUUAUUCUGAUCAUCACUAUAAUGCUGGAGGUUCUUCUAUGAAGCAGUUAUCUACUUUCCACCUGCCACCUAAGAAUUGGGCAAAGAGGAUACAAGAAGAAUGGAGAAUCCUGGAAAAUGAUUUGCCUGAUAUGAUAUUUGUUAGAGUUUAUGAAAAGCGAAUGGAUCUCUUGAGGGCUGUAAUCAUGGGAGCACAGUGUACUCCCUACCAUGAUGGUCUUUUCUUCUUUGAUGUUUUCUUCCCUAGUGGCUAUCCUGGAGUACCGCCGCAUGUCUACUACCGCUCUGGUGGCCUUCGUCUCAACCCAAAUUUAUAUAAUUGUGGGAAAGUAUGCAUCAGUCUUCUUAACACAUGGGGUGGAGGCAAAAAUGAGAAGUGGAUCCCUAAUGUGUCAACCAUACUACAAGUGCUUGUCUCAAUACAGGCUCUAAUAUUGAAUCAGAAGCCCUUUUUCAAUGAGCCUGGAUGGGCGCCUUUGCGUGGUUCAGAAAAUGGAGAGUCGAGGUCGCAGCAGUAUAAUGAAGAUACAUUCAUCUUAUCACUGUGGACAAUGAUUUACACAAUGAGGAUGCCACCUAAGCAUUUUGAGGACUUUGUUCGGGGCCACUUCUACAAUCGUGCUCAUGACAUUCUGAUUGCUUGUAAAGCAUACAUGGAUGGCGCUCAAGUUGGAUGUCUCAUCAAAGAUGGAGUUCAAGACGUUGAUCAGGGUGAUAAGCGUUGCUCAGAGAAGUUCAAGGGCUCUCUCCCUGGCGUUAUAGAGGUGCUUCUGGGAGAGUUCAAGAGAAUUGGAGCCAUGAAUUUGGAGAAGUUCCAAAAACCAGCAGAAAAAGAAAGUGGGAAGUCUUGAGCCAGUAUUAUCCCCCAGCUGUAAAAAAAGAAUGGAUUUAUUUUCCCUGUCAGGUCCGAAUUCUGAGACUUGAAACAGCCUUUUUUACUAUAGGCUUGCAACCUAGUUCUUUUUAAUUACAAGCUUACAGAGUUGAAAUGUUAAUAAUACAUUAUGCUUUUGUAAAUAAUUUCGGAUACCAUAAUUGGGUGUUUAUCUUUGAAACAAGGAGCGCUUCUGGUUCGAAAGCAUAUAUAUUCUGACUCCAAAGGA